AUGUAUGGCUUUGUAAAUCAUGCAUUAGAAUUAUUGGUCAUAACAACUUUUGGAGAAGAAACUUGGGAAGAAAUCAAGAAAAAUGCUGAAGUGCAAAUGGAAGGACAAUUUCUUGUCCGUCAAAUUUACGAAGAUGAAAUAACUUAUAAUUUAAUCGGAGCUGCUGCUGAAAAACUUCAACUUCCGGCUGACACGAUUCUAGAACUUUUUGGAAAAUGUUUUUUCGAAUUUUGUCAAGAUUCGGGUUACGAUAAAAUUCUUCAAGUUUUAGGAGCUACUCCUAGAGAUUUUUACAGCACAUUGUAUCCGGGUAUGAAAGCUCCUUCCUUUCGUUGCACAGUCAGACCCGAAGACGGAGCUUUACUUCUUCAUUAUUACUCCGAUCGACCUGGUCUUGAACAUAUUGUCAUCGGAAUAGUAAAAACGGUGGCGAGUAAACUUCACGGUACAGAAGUCGAAGUAGAAAUAAUACAAUCUAAGGAAGAAUCAGAUCACGUGCAAUUUUUGAUAACCGGGCAAUCAGGCCAAGGUUUUGCUUCGGAUGCUGAAUAUACGGAAGCUGAAAUACAGUCUUUGGAUUCGAAAGUGAGUCCGGCAACUUUUUGUAAAGUUUUUCCUUUUCAUAUCUUGUUUAACAAUAGCAUGACAAUUAUGCAAACGGGUUCUUCGAUUGCCAGAAUUAUUCCAAGUGUCCUUAGAAGUGGAUGUAAAAUCACUGACGUAUUACAUCCAGUAAGACCGCAUUUGGAAUUGACGUUCGAAAAUAUUCUUUCUCAUAUCAGUACCGUGUACGUACUUAAAACCAAACCUGGAGUCAUGGAGGUGAACGUUGAUCCCGAAUAUUCAUCUUUGCGAUUAAAAGGACAAAUGACUUACAUUCCUGAAUCUGAUUCUAUAAUAUUUCUUUGUUAUCCGAGCGUUGUCAACUUGGACGAUCUCACAAGAAGAGGAUUAUACAUCAGUGACAUUCCACUUCAUGACGCCACCAGAGAUUUGGUGCUCAUGUCCGAACAAUUCGAAGCUGAUUACAAAUUAACGCAAAAUUUAGAGCUUUUAACGGAUAAACUUCAACAAACUUUCAGAGUUUUAGACGGGGAAAAACAAAAAACUGACAGAUUAUUGUAUUCCGUGCUCCCGAUAAGUGUAGCCAACGAACUUCGACAUCGACGUCCAGUUCCAGCAAAACGUUACGACAGCGUCACAUUAUUGUUUUCCGGUAUCGUGGGAUUCAGCGAUUAUUGUGCAGCUAAUACCGAUGCGGGGAGCGCAAUGAAAAUAGUUCAAAUGCUUAAUCAAUUAUAUACGGCUUUUGACGUUUUGACCGAUCCCAAGAGAAAUCCAAACGUUUACAAGGUUGAAACUGUCGGGGAUAAAUAUAUGGCAGUGAGUGGAUUACCGGAACCUUGCAACACUCAUGCUCGUUGCAUGGCCAGAGUUGCUUUGGACAUGAUGGAUUUAGGUCGGGAAGUUUUGUUCGAUGGAAAACCUGUGAAAAUAACGAUUGGAAUUCAUUCGGGAGAAGUCGUAACUGGUGUGAUUGGUCACCGAAUGCCGAGAUACUGUCUAUUUGGAAACACGGUUAAUUUAACUAGCAGAACAGAAACAACUGGAGCUCCUGGAAAAAUAAAUGUUUCUGAAGAUGCUUACGAGCAUCUUUCUCAGCCGGACAAUUUAGAUCCUCAAUUUCAUUUUGAAUAUCGGGGACCCGUGACAAUGAAAGGAAAAUCGGAACCAAUGAAAGUUUGGUUUCUUACCAGAAGUCAAGAACACAUUGUUUAA